GCAGUUAAGGUUGUGCUAAAUUUGCUACCUGUCGUCUACUUCAUUUAGCUUUGCCGAACUGUUCAGUCCGCCUUCUUUGUCUUAUCUUUGACCAGCUUCUGUUUACAAAGGAGAGGUUUUGAACUAUCCUGUGUUGUUUUUGAGCGAUUCUUGAUAGAAAAGAAAGAGGGACAGCAAAUGGAAGAGCGUAUUUUAAGAAUAAUCACAUUGGGAAUCAUUUCAUGGACAACAGCAUUUUAUCUCUUUAGAAAGUUCUUGCCAAAGCGAUCUUUUGAAUUCUGCAAUCGCCUUGUUUCUACGGUCCAUGCAACUUUAGCUUUUACACUUGCUUCUCUCUCUGUUGAAGACUGGACAUGCCCAGUUUGUCCUCUGGCUUCGAGACCUUCACCCAGUCAGAUGCAAGCCCUGGCAGUUUCCCUUUCUUAUCUCAUUUAUGAUCUGAUAUGCUGUCAAUUCGACAAGCGAGUCACCAUUGACAACACGAUACACCAUUUGGUUAGCAUUGUUGGAAUAGGAGUAGGCCUUGCCUAUGGGAAGUGUGGAUCAGAAUUGAUUGCAGCCCUAUGCAUAACAGAGAUCUCUAGCCCUUUCCUUCACCUGAGAGAACUUCUCAAGGAGCUUGGUUACCGGGACACUGACCUUAAUUUGGCUGCUGAUAUCUUAUUUGCAGUUGUAUUCUCGUUUGCAAGAAUGGUUUUUGGGCCUUACCUUGCUUGGGUGACUCUUACAGCCGACAAUCCUCUCGUUAUCAAGGCAAUGGCAGUGGGAUUACAGCUGGUUAGUGCUUACUGGUUCUUCAAGAUUGCCGGGAUGAUGAAGUACAAGCUAACCAAAAGGGUUGCAUCUAAGAACCUUGUCUACACUGAAAAGUUGUUAAAUAAAGUUCAAUGAUUUUGUAUAACAAAGAAAACCACAACUAUCUAGAGGUGAUAGAGUUUCUAAAUCUGCAACGGCUUAGUCAUUCAAAUAACCAAGUAAACUUGUCGGGUGAAGUUCAAAACCAAUACAAGAGACAAGAUGUAAUUGAAGAAGAAAUUUGGCAUUGUGAGAAGAUAUCAUGUCAAAUAAAAAUCCAUGGCCUGUAAGGAAAGAAUGAA